AUUUCAGAGUCUCAGAUUUUCAAUCUUCUUUCCCCCACCUUUAUAAGCCUCCAUUCAUCCAUCCGGCGCCGUCCACCUACCUCCUCUCUCCGACGGUCCGACCCCCCAUGGCGACCCUCCUCUCGCCGUCGCCGGCGUCGGGAAGCAGCAGCAGCAGUGAUGGCGGCGGCGCCCGCCGCCUUUCAGAGCUGCUGGAGGAGCAGCAGGAGCCCUUUUCCCUCCACCUCUUUCUCCUCGACAAGGGCUGCUCCCCCGCCCUCCUCGACGCCGCCUGCUGGCCGGCCGCCGCGCGGGCGAUGAGGCGGCGGCGACGGCGACCGGCGAGCGCGCUUCUCAGCGUCAUCCUCUCCAAGUUUCUACCGCGUGGCGCCGCGGCGGCCAAGAAGGUUGGCGGGAAGCGGCAGCAGCAGCAGCAGCCGGCUGCGGCGGCGGCCAUCGGCGAGGACGACAUGGAAGACGAGGAGGAGGAGGAGGAGGAGAAGCAGCUGAGCCCCGUCUCCGUGCUGGAGCAGAGCCCGUUCCAGCCGCCAGCGUCGCCUGCCUACUCGAAAAAGGCCAUAGUCAUCUUCAGGGAGCUCCUGGCGGCGGCCUACACGCCGGCAUUACCCGACCACCCCGUCAACAACCACACAGCAAGCUCGCCGUCGACGAGCUCCUCCUCCUCCUCCUCCUCCUCCGCCGCCGCCUCACGCUACUGGGAGGAGGAGGAGAAGCUCGAGGCGGAGAUCGCCAAGGUGCACGGCCUCAUCGCCGCCGAGAUGGCGGCCGGGUGGAGCGUGUGCCCCGUCGGCGACGCGCGGCGGCGCGUCGGCGCCGAGCUCGCCGCCGCCGUGCUGGAGUCCCUGACGGAGGAGGCCGCGGCGGCGCUGAUGCUGACGUGGAGCAACGGACGGCCGCGAUGCGAUGAUGACGACGACGACGACGCCAUCGACGACGAUGCGAGGUGUGUGGUUGUUGCUGAACAGAGUUGCUGGUGAUGAUGUUGAUAUGUGUUUACAUUAAUUUUAACUUAAAUUAAUCUUAAUUCUUUUGGUGGUGAUGAUGAUUAUGUAGUUGAUGUGUAUUAAUUAUAGUAUAAAAUAUGUUUAGUAGUAGUUGCUGCUAUUAGGACUGGGUAGCUACCUCUGUUUCUUGGCAUGAGUUCUCUUAUGCCAAAAUUAUCAAGUUAGGAGAGUUGUAUAUAUGGUACUAUAUUUAACACAAGUGAAAAAUUGCUGCAAUGUUCCAUUAUGAAAAAAAAAACAAACUAUGUAACA